AUGGCGCGGCGCACGGCACCGCUCUUCUCCCUCUUGCUCUGUGCGGCGUUCGUCACCGCCGCCGCGGCAUCAAUCUUCCCGCCAUUCCCCGUUCGCGACCGCAGCGUUCCAAUCGCGGCGGCGUCUGCCGCUAAGGCAAAGAAAGAGAAGGCAAUAAUGGUAGAAGCAGCAGGUGCACUAGAAUGUGACCACCUGAGAUCAUGGCGAAUGAGAUCAGAGCUAAUGAGCUUCAUGUUUUCGUCGCUGCCAGUGUGUUGGAUUGCUGCGUGUGUUGGAUUGCUGCGUUCCAUCGCCCCCAUCGCCCCCAUCUGA